AUGAGCGUGUGGGCGAGCAUAGUGAGUGGCGGUGCCAAGGCCCCAGCGACAGAGGGCGAGAGUUCAAAGCCGGCGGAACAGAGCGCCGCGGCGACGACAAACAAGAGUGGUGAUGCGCGCGCUGACGUGCGUGGGAACACGACUGCGAACGUGCCAGUAGUGAGUGAUGAUGUGAACGGUGAGAAGGAGAGCGCGCGCGAGGAGCCGUCUAAGCCCGCGUGGUCAAAGCCAGUGGCGGUGGGGCAAGGUCCGGCGGCGAUGGCCGCCGUGAAACCCGUCUCUUGGCCAACACUCGGCGACGCGAAAAAUCCGGAUCUAAAGCCAGAAGAAGCGCCGAACGGGCGAGUGGGCGAUGGUCAGCACGGUGACAGCCCGUCUGGAUCGCAUGGCGGUAAAUCUGGCGGCGGCGGUAAGGGCAAGAACUCAAAGGGCGGAGCCGACAAGCAAUCAGGAGGUCGAGGAAACGCCGGAGGUGGACGUGAAAACACCGCGGGUAGAGGUGGUAGAGGUGGCAGAGGCAGUAGAGGUGGCGAUGCGAACAACUGGGGUAGAGGUAACGGACAUUACGGUGGCGGUCGAUUCUCGCAUGAAGGUGGACGCGGUGGCCGAGGUGGCAGAGGCAAGAACUUUGAUCCAUCCUAUCAAUCGGCGUACGAGAGCGGAUACUACAUGCCGCAGGUCAAUCAAAUGUACUAUGCCCCGCAGCACAUCGUCUCGACGCAGGUGCCGCAACGAGAUCAGAUCCUCGGUGCGGUCAGGCAACAGGUUGAGUAUUACUUCAGUGUGGAGAACUUGUGCAAGGACCUGUUCCUGCGCUCUAAGAUGGAUCCCAAGGAGGGUUGGAUCGCCUUGUCCGUCAUCGCGAGUUUCAACCGCAUUCGAAUGAUGACGCCAGAACCCGCUAUGAUUUAUGAAGCCCUGGUUGGAUCGAAGAUGGUUGAGAUCAGUCCUGGGAACGACAAAAUCCGCAAGAUGGGAGACUGGGCCGCGUGGCUCCUAGAUGCAGACGGCAAGCCGCAGAAAAUGCCGCAGGGCGCUCCUCCGAGUGCAUCAGCACUUACUCAGCAGAUGGCUGGAGCGAGUCUUGGCGCUCAGUCCACUUCUGAGGAGAAGAAGGGAUCAAAGUCAAAGCUGAAAAAGGAUGAAGAUGAAAUGUUCGAGAUGGACGAAGACUUUGACGGCGAUGAGCGAGGUGACGAUGACGACGAUGAUGACGAUGAUGACGAUGAUGAUGACUACGAAGAAGAUGAUAUGACGGAUGGUGAUGUCAAUCGCCUCAUGAUUGUCUCUCAGCGUCCCGGUCGAGGAGGUCAAAACAGAGGUCGCCCGCCAUCUGGAUCGAACAACGACGUCGCGACUGUCAUCAACGAUGGUCUCGCCUUCUACCAAAAAGAUCUGAAGGGUAAGAAGCAGACUUCUCACGUUGGAUCUCAGGGUGGGAGCUGGCGCGAGAACACGGCAUCUGGAUCUUGGAAACGCGGUGGUGGAUUCUCCGUUGGGUCACAAGGCCGAACGCACUUCUUCCCUUCCUCAGUGCCCAAAGGUGAAGGCUUCGCUGGUGGUAGCGAUGUCGGUUGGUUGUUAGGUACGACGCCCACUGAGGGAGAAUUUAACUGGAAAACGGGCGCUGGCUCCUCUUUGGGCUCUGAUCGAGGCGGGGCAAUGGGAACGUCGCCGGCUCAACAAGGGCAUCAUAUCUCGACGGCUUCCCCGCGCGAUAUCCCUGCCUUCCAACAUCCUUCUCACACGAUCCUCGAUGAUAACGGCUUCAAGCAGCAAAAGUAUAAGGCGUUCCAUCGACGCGCCGUGGACGAGCGCAAGCGCCUUGGUUGUGGUAACAGUGAGGAGAUGAACACAUUGUUCAGAUUUUGGAGUUAUUUUUUACGCGGCACUUUCAACCAAAAGAUGUACAAAGAGUUCUGUCGUCUCGCGGAGGAAGACGCUCGACAUAACUACCAUUACGGCUUACAGUGUCUGUUCAGAUUUUAUAGCUACGGUUUGGAGAAGCGAUUCCGACCAGCGGUGUAUCGAGACUUCGAGGAGUUCACCAUGCUCGAUUACAAGUCUGGCUCUCUUUACGGACUUGAAAAGUUCUGGGCUUUUCAUUACUACUAUCGAGGGAGCAACCGGCCGACCAUUCGUGAAGAUAUCAAGACGCUUCUCGAUACCAAAUUCCGCACGCUUCAGGAUUUCCAGCGCGCGAAGGAGCAGAUGGCGCGAGCAUGA